AUGAAUAACCAGGCUGAGCUCAUACGUCAAAUUUUGUUAGAACCAGAUAGUGAAGAUGACUUAUUGUCCGACGGCAGCGAAUUAGAAGAUCAUGUGAGUGCUCGCAGUCAAGAUAGUGGCACUGAACAGGAUUUAAGUAGCGAUUACGAUAGCGAGGAUGAUGUACCGCUAUCUGACUUGCAAUUUCCGAAUCAACGCUUACCAGAGGAAGAACAGUCGGAUAGUCAGGUAACAAAUUUGUUUUUUGUUGGCAAAGAUGGAACAAAAUGGUCUAAAGAACCCCCUGUACAACAAGUUCGAACCCGGUCUGAGAACAUCAUCAGACAAACAUCUGGAGUAAGUCAAGUAGCAAAGCUAGCGCAAUCGGAACUGGAAUGCUGGAGUUUGUUUUUUCCCGAAAGUAUGCUCUCUAUUAUCCUGACUCAUACUAACUUGCAAAUACGAGAAAGGAAUACUGGUUGUGAAUCCAUCCCUCAUUUCAAGAAAGAAAUAGACAUGCCUGAAUUUAAGGCUUUUAUUGGUUUAUUGUACAUCGCCGGCUUUUACCGGUCUGGAAGGCAAAAUACCGUUGACCUUUGGGCUUCAGACGGCACCGGAGUUGAAAUAUUUCGGUUGACUAUGUCACGGCAACGAUUUCAUUACAUUCAAAGCUGUCUCCGUUUCGACAAUAAAGAUACACGCGACGAAAGAAAACUAUUGGAUAACAUAGCACCAAUACGGCAAGUAUUUGAAAUGUUUGUCGAAAAUUGUAAACAAUCAUAUAUCCCGGGAGAAUACGUAACCAUAGACGAAAUGUUGCUUGCAUUUAGAGGCAGAUGCAAAUUCCGACAGUACAUACCGUCAAAGCCUGCAAAAUAUGGUGUAAAAAUAUUAGCCAUGGUUGAUGCAAAAAAAUUUUAUAUUUUAAACCUAGAGAUUUACGCCGGUAAGCAACCAGUAGGACCGUUUGCAGUAAGCAACAAACCCUUUGAUGUGGUGAAUCGUUUAGUACAGCCUAUUUCCAAAACUGGACGCAACGUGACUUUCGACAAUUGGUUCACCAGUUUCGAACUUGUUUCUCAUCUGCUCAAUGAGCACAAGCUGACUUCUGUGGGUACAGUGCGCAAGAACAAGAGACAAAUACCAAAGGAGUUUAUCAAUACUCGCAGUCGUAAUGCACUUAUCUAUUCAUCGAAGUUUGGAUUUCAAAAGGACGUGACCCUGGUAACUCAUAUACCAAAGAAAAACAAAGUUGUUAUACUCAUGUCAAGUCUCCACCAUGAUGCUGCAAUUGACGAAUCGACUGGCGAGAAAAGAAAACCUGAAAUCAACACGUUUUAUAAUUCCACUAAAGGUGGAGUAGACGUUGCAGACGAGUUGUCAGCGACCUACGAUGUUAGCCGCAACUCAAGAAAAUGGCCUCUGACCGUAUUUUAUGCAAUGUUGAAUAUGGCUGGAAUCAACGCAAAUAUUAUACAUGGGUCUAAUACACAAGCAAUCCAGAAACGUCGCAAUUUUAUUAAAACAUUGGGCCGUAUGCUUGUUACUGAACACUUGAGAGCACGAAAAGAAAUACCACAACUGCCGAGACAGCUACGUAAGAGAAUCCGAGAAUUCAGUGGAGAACCUGAUGAAGAACCGCCUAUCAGAGUUCCAGGAGUGCGAAAAAGGUGCCAGGUUUGUCCUUAUGCUCGACAUCGUAAGACUAGCAACGUUUGCGAAGAUUGCCAUAAGUAUAUAUGCCCAGAACACACUGUUUCGUUCUGCAAAGAUUGUGCUACAACAGCAGAAAAUAAUAGCGUGUAG